UUUAAACCGAUGCACAAGCAUUUGCGUAAAAAUACGUUAAAGUACUAACGUACACAUUUUAGUCCAAGUGAUCUAAGCAGGUCGAUUUCAUCGUGCUCCUCAGCCUAUUCCAGCGCCCACGGCUAACGGCACUAAAAUCGGAGCUGUCUUUCGCGCCGUUGACAACGUUGGAUCGAUUCAAAUAUGGCUGUUGCGGCUCUCCGCUUCUGCUCGUGAUUCCUGCCAAUGUCCUUCCCCGCUUGUGUUGUUCCGUGUGCUGUGUCAAAAGUGUCGUGUUGCUUCGCCUAGGUGUUUUUUUAUAGAAGUCGCCGAAAUCAGCGCGUAGGUAUUUAGGCUUUUCAAACUUUAGUAUGGCUGGAAACAGAGACUACUGCGAUAAGGAGGCCCUGAAGAGGGUGCUAAACGGUUCGUGGGAUGGAAGCGCCGUGCAGUUCUUGCAGAAGUACGAAAUUGAACGAACGGCCAUGUCAAACCCACUGAUACGAAGGCUAGAGAUUUCAGACAAGUCCGUCAUUCUGGUCCAACGCUAUCAGCAAUCGCGGAAGAUGUCCCGAUCCAAGUCGACCUCCUCAUCCUUGUUCAUCGAUGAUACUUCAGAUUCAGAGUGUGAACUGGAACUUACCGGAUGUCCUUUAGAGUGGCCGAUGGAACCGAAGAGCUUUUCAAUGCUUGAAUCUCCGUCAUACGAAGAUUCGAGCAAGAAUUCAGGAUCCCCCUGCAAAAACAAGUUGAGGGCUCUGCCCGCGGAUGAAGGAAGGACGCUCCUGAAUGCGGUAGUGAACAUGCUGAGCACCUGUGGCUACAAGACAGAAAUGGACCCUGUGUGGGUGGCAUGCGAUGGCACCGACCCCCAGUACACAGCCUUCCUGGGAUACCACCGCGGAGGGGGCACCUGCUCCCGGGUCAUCGUCUCCUGCCGGGGUCCAAUUGAGAGCAAGGAAGACCUCCCAACCUUUGGCUGCAUCCAGAGGAAACACUUCUGGGGAUUGUCCCAGUCACACACUCAUACGACGAUGCAGGUGAAUUCGAAGUACGACAUCCUGCGCCACUACGACCCCUCGCAGCAAAGCAGCCGUGAGGACAUCAUGGUCCUUGAAUGCUCCUGGAACAAGGCUGCUGUGUUGCAGCAACCGCCAUGCGCCGACGCGCUCUGCCAUCUCAACGUCCAGACCUUACCUGGAAAUGAGCGCAGUGCCGCACGAUCUGUGUACAAGGAAAUGAAGUUUGCCAAGCAACUUGUCGAGUGCCUGACUACGGGAGCAGUUGCGUGGGCGCCGGAUCUCAGUGGGCCGACUCUCAUUGAGAAGGUGACGACGCUCCUGCAAGGGUCCCGCAAAGGCAGUUAUCGAGAAAAGUCGGGGACGCCUUUUGCAGACGUCGGCUGGAAUUCAGUGGACUUUGACCUCUAUGUUGAGACAGUGGUCAUGAGCAAGCGGCAGCCCGUGGACUUCACUGACGAGAUGUGGAACGCCAUGUCAGGCUGUGGGACGUACCAGGAGCUCAAGGAAGGCUUCUGCAUGAUAUUUCGCGCUGUGCAAGCUGGGGAAAUCAGACCAUUGAUUGUUCCCAAGAACGCAACCACGGUGGGUGCCUACCUGCGAAACAUGAGCCCUCAGUUCCGGCCGGAGGGGACCAUGGGGGGGCUAAUGCCGGUGCGCAUGCUGGCUGAGAUCGGGCUCCAGAAACUGCAGCGAGACUUUGUCAAUAUCUUUGUCGGUCUGGAGCUGGCCAGCCAGGAGCAGCUGGUGCCCUUCCUUGUGUGCCCGACCAAAACGGAAGAGGCUCUCGGUGAGCUGUGGAAGCUGCAGACGGUCCUGGACAUGAUAAUGCUGUGCAAGGCCUACCUGCACCUCCCUAUUCACUACCUUAGCGGGUACACCAGGGAAGCCCUGAAGUACUUCAGCAACUGUGAACGCGGAAAGUACAUCCACAAGUUCAGGUUUCCGCUGAAAGUUCCCCUCGUUCGUGUGGUGCUGGAAAAUAUCUCCCCAAUGGAGUGGACUGCAUCCAUCAAGAGCCGACAGGGGAACUAUGCUGCACACACCAUUGUCCACAUCAGCACCACUCCCCCUUUCGAUCACCUGCUCACCGAGAAGCAGUGCAAUGUGCCCCACCACCCGAGGGACUCGGACUACUACUGCACCAUCAUCUCCAACACGCAAGACAAACUGAGAUUGUGAGACAACUGUCGUUCGGAUCAUGCCCAUGAUCCGAACAAGUAUGACGACAACAGCGACUGUGAGAAAGUUUACGGCGACGAAAGCCUCAGUGCCAUGGCAGUCGCGCAGAUGCUUCUCUGGAAGCUUCUGAAGCUCGUCAUCGAGCAUUCCAGGAACCUGGCACAGUUUUGGUAAAAGCCUCACCGUGCCACGGCUGGUGGUUGUAACAGCUGGUGCUUUCAUUGUGGUGAACGGUGGACAGGACAGCGCAUUCGUUUGCCUCACACACUUAAGGCUCACUUUGACUGCAGGGUACCCAUGGCCUUUUUGAUUCUUGAUUACUUUAAUAUUUCUUUAGAUGUGGUGCACAUCUAUGCCACUGACUGUGGAGAGAGUGUGCUGUAAUGUAGUUUUGAGACUGCUUGA